GUGUACAACAAGUGAAACACAACGUCGACCAAGCUGAAAGUGCCGCGUUAAAAGGCGUUAAAAAAAAAAGAGGCUGAAAGGAAAAGAAAUAUAUUUACAAAAUUAGACCCUAAUGGUCGAAUAGAGAGGAAACCACUGGAUUCCAAAUUGAGGAUUGAUUAAAGAAGCAGCUACUACACUUGAGGAGGGCAGUCAGGCAAUUAGACGAAAUGCCAAGUUCACGACGUGCCAUAUUGGGGCACAUAAUGUCGGGGCUAUGUACGAAAAUGAAUCGCACUAAGCCGGUGCCCGCUGACGUCAUGGAGACUCCAUUGAAACGAUGUUUGAACACCUUCGAUAUAGCCUUACUGGGUAUUGGACAUAUGGUGGGAGCUGGCAUUUAUGUUCUAACUGGCACAGUGGCCAAAGAAAUGGCUGGUCCUGGCAUCAUUGUGUCCUUUAUAUUGGCCGGUUUCGUAUCCAUGUUGGCUGCUUUGUGCUAUGCUGAGUUCGGGACUCGUGUACCAAAAGCUGGAUCUGCCUAUGUCUAUACCUAUAUAUCGAUGGGUGAGUUCUGGGCCUUUGUCAUCGGCUGGAAUAUAUUGCUGGAGCAUAUGCUGGGCGCCGCAUCGGUGGCCCGGGCUUGGAGCGGUUAUGUCGACUCGAUGCUGGGCGGCUGGAUUGGCAAUACAACGCUAGCGGUGAUGGGUGGCAUUCAUGAGCCCGGAUUGGCUCAAUAUCCGGAUUUGUUGGCAUUUCUCGUCUGCAUUCUGUAUGCCUCCGCCUUGGCAUUUGGUGUCAAGGCAACCGCCGUGUUUAAUAGUCUGCUAACCUUGGUCAAUAUUGGGGUCAUGAUGUUGGUUAUCAGUGUGGGAUUUUGGUAUGCAGAUGCAAAGAAUUGGUCCGAAGCGGAGGGUGGCUUUUUGCCAUAUGGUUUUGGUGGUGUUAUUGCCGGUGCUGCAACGUGUUUUUAUGCCUUUGUUGGCUUCGAUUCGAUAGCCACAUCGGGAGAGGAGGCCAAAAAUCCAUCUGUAUCGAUACCAAUAGCCACAAUAUUGUCCCUUUGUGUGGUCACUGUGGGUUAUAUUCUGGUCAGUGCCGCUUUGACCCUAAUGAUACCGAUAAGUGAGAUAAAUCCGGCAGCAUCCUUGCCCGAAGCCUUUGGCCAGUUGGAUUUGACAUGGGCCAAAUAUGUCAUAUCGAUUGGAGCACUGUGUGGCAUGACCACAACCCUAUUGGGUUCUCUAUUCGCUCUGCCCAGAUGCAUGUAUGCCAUGGCUUCGGAUGGUUUGCUAUUUAGUUGCUUUGGCCGUGUCAAUUCCACCACCCAAGUGCCGCUCUUGAAUCUGAUUGUAUCGGGCUUGCUGAGUGCUUUGUUGGCUCUGGUCUUUGAUUUGGCCAAGUUAGUGGAAUUCAUGUCGAUUGGCACUCUAUUGGCCUAUACCAUAGUGUCGGCUAGUGUGAUAAUUUUACGCUAUAGACCUCUGACACCACGUCGUUUGGAACAACCGAUCUAUGCACCAGAUACACCUGACACAGCCGAAGAUGAUGACGAUGAUGAUGAGGAUGAAGAUGCUGUUUCGCAAUCAAGUAGCAUCGACUCGGCCUCCUCGCCCACCAGUGAUCUCAUCGAGGGAGCUCUAGCCGGACGCCUUAAGAGUCAAUUUCGUUGGCUUGAGCCAUUGCUGGGUCGCUUUGAACCGGGCUCUGUGGUGUCGGCGGCUGUGAUACUAUUCAUUGGUCUCAGCUUUGCCAUCUGUCUGCAACUGAAAGUAUCCUGGACGGAGCUCUACACUGGCACCUGGUGGGCUCUACUCAUCUAUGGCUUCAUAAUAUUCGCUGCUAGCACAUGUGUGGCCAUCAUGGCGGUUCACAAUCAGAAUACUCGCGGUCUUAACUUCAAGGUCCCACUCGUACCCUUUGUCCCAGCUUUGGGAAUCUUUUGUAAUAUCAUGCUAAUGGUUCAUCUUGAUGCCCUGACUUGGGUACGUUUCUUUGUAUGGGUAUCCAUAGGCAUGGUUGUCUAUUUUCUCUAUGGUAUUCACCAUAGCAAAGAGGGUGAGUCUUGCUCAUCGUAUGCCAUCUUAAUGACCUCUUCGGAGGCCACUAAAUUACCCUGGGGUUCCUUUAAGGUGGCGGCUAGUGGUGGUGGUGGUGUUGGUGUUGGUGGUGCUAGACACACAGUUCUUGAACGUUUUAUGGGUCGAUCGAAAGCCGACAAAGUAGAUAAACAACCCAUUGUAGAGGCAGGCGAAUAUGAAAAUGAAGCGCACAGUCAAUCCUAAGAAAAUAAAUCCUGUAACACGAAACAAAAAUUACAUAUACAAUUUCUAUCAAUAUAUAUAUUUAUUGGAAAUGGAUCUCAUAUA